CCCCUUGGCAGAAAAUACAAGAAAGAGCCAUCUCACGCAAUUUCCCUCCUAGAAGAGUCGUCUGUUUUCUUUUUUAAUCCUCCUCCAUUCUUCCAUCUUCCUCCUCCAUCAAGAACCUCAUCCUCCUCUACCAGGCUUCAUCUUUUUUUCUUAUUUCCACACACACAAAACCGUCACAAUGGUCAAAGCAGUUGUUGCUGGUGCCUCUGGAGGUAUUGGACAGCCUCUGUCCCUCCUCCUCAAGGCCAGUCCCCUCAUCGACGAGCUGGCUCUGUACGAUGUUGUCAACACUCCCGGUGUUGCCGCCGAUCUCUCCCACAUCUCCUCCCCCGCGAAGGUCACCGGCUACCUGCCCGCCAACGACGGCGCCAAGGCCGCUUUCAAGGAUGCCGACAUCAUUGUCAUCCCCGCUGGCAUUCCCCGCAAGCCCGGCAUGACUCGUGAUGACCUCUUCAACAUCAACGCUGGCAUCGUCAAGGGCCUGAUCGAGACCAUUGCCGAGGUUGCCCCCAAGGCCUUUAUCCUCGUCAUCUCCAACCCCGUCAACUCCACCGUCCCCAUUUCCGCCGAGGUCCUCAAGGCCAAGAAGGUCUUCAACCCCCAGCGCCUCUUUGGUGUCACCACCCUCGACAUUGUCCGUGCCGAGACCUUUGUUGCCGAGAUUGUUGGCGAGUCCCAGCCCCAGAAGCUGACCAUUCCCGUCGUCGGUGGCCACUCUGGCGAGACCAUCCUGCCCCUCAUCAGCAAGGCCAACCCUGCCGUCACCAUCCCCGCCGACAAGUACGAGGCUCUGGUCAACCGUGUGCAGUUUGGUGGUGACGAGGUCGUCAAGGCCAAGGACGGUGCUGGCUCUGCUACUCUGUCUAUGGCUUACGCCGGUUUCCGAUUCGCCGAAAAGGUGCUCCGCGCUGCCAAGGGCGAAAAGGGCCUUGUUGAGCCCAGCUACGUCUACCUGCCUGGUGUUCCCGGCGGUGAGGCUGUCGCCAAGGCUACCGGCGUCGACUUCUUCUCUGUCCCUGUUGAGCUUGGACCCAAUGGUGUCGAAAAGGUCACCAACCCCCUGGAGGGCAUCACCGAGCGGGAGAAGGAGCUCUUGGGCAAGGCUGUUGAGGGUCUCAAGACCAACAUCCAGAAGGGCGUCGACUUUGCCCACAACCCUCCCCAAAAGCUGUAAAUGUCCCAGACUCUAAUCCUCCCAUGCGAAGCCUUUCCCUGUCGGAUAGCCUCUCGUCCCAUUGAUUAUUAGUUUUCUGCUAGUUGCAUGAAGCUGAGUAAUGGAUUUGUUGGUGGGAAAGAAGUUGAGAGGCGGAUUUGGUGGUCGUCGCACAUGGCUCAUUCGUCCACCCCUCUAUGUUGUCACUUUCUCUUAGAUUCAGGUGCAAGGUCGUCGUAGCGGUUUGGUUACUAUGGCUUGGCGGGGAUGGUCUUGAUCUGGAAUAUGGCUCCCGGCAGCUCGUUGACUUCGGCUUGAACGGUGGCGUUGAUACCCAGAGCAGCUAAUGCGCCGCGAAUGAUGCCGCAGGGGAACCAUAGAAACUGGAAAAAAAAGUGUAAGCAAACGAUUACCAAGACUGAUGGUAUGUGAUUGUAUGGUCUCUUAGUAGUAGAGAAGGGAUGGUAUGUGAUUGUAUGGUCUCUUAGUAGUAGAGAAGGGCUUCUUGGACGUACAGGCUGUGCUCGGAUGACGGCUUGGCUGCCGGUUUCUGUGCUCA